UUGUAAGAUAGUAUCACCUUUUUCAUCACAGUUAUCGCAGUUUUCAUGGCUUUUGAAGACCCGGGAGACGAGAAUGAUUAUUUAAAUUUUAUUUUGCCAUAUUCAAUGGUUAAUUUUCAAAAUAACCCUCUAAACCUCACAACUAAGCAUUUAAGCUUAAAACUUUCUAGUCUACUUUAAAUAAAUUGUAAUGGCUAUGCUUCCACCCCGAAAAACGAAGACCAUGUCAAUCGAAAAUAAUUAUAAUAAACAAACAUUGACGCCCCUACAAACGCUUUUACAAAUGGGAUUUCCCAAAAAUCGAGCGGAAAAAGCUUUAGCUGCUACUGGCAAUCGAGGAGUUCAAUUAGCUGCUGAUUGGCUGUUGGCUCAUGUCAAUGAUACUUCUUUAGAUUCCAAUACUUGCAGAGAGUAUAUUAUUUAUGCUUGCCCAAGUGGAGCAUUUAUGCAUGAACUAAGAGAAUUUUGGAAUAAAUCAGCUAUGAAGUGUGGACGUAAUGGAGCUCAUAAUUUUAUGCCUCAUAUCACCUUGGUCUCAUUUUUUCAAGUACCUGAUGAGCAUUCUGAUGCAUUAGUAUCUAUACUAAAAAAUGUUUUAGAUGAAGUUAUUAAAGAAACGUCAGUCAGUGGUUUUAGUUUAGAAACUUAUACUUCUUCGAAUUUUAUGGGCUUUUUUUUAUCAAAUCAAGGAUCUGAUUUCUUAAAAAAAAUUGCUGUAUUAUGUGCUGAAAAAAUAACUGAACUUAUUGGAGUACAAGUAGAUCCACAUUUAAAAUCUUUGCACUUAACUUUGGCUUAUCAAUUUGACGUAAGCCAAAAAGAAACUUUGAAGUCAUUAAUUAAAUCAACAAUUAAUACAUCAACGCCUUGUUUAUGGGAACUUAAGUUAUAUUCUAGAGAAGCAACAGCCACUUAUAAACAGGUGUAUAAAGUUGUAUAUGCACAUGUUCCUCAAGCUACUGAUGAAUUAGAACUUAGAAUAGGUGAUUUUAUUUAUGUAUCUAAGGAUUGUAUAGACAAUUCUAUUGAUGGUUGGGCUGAAGGAACAUCAUGGUUAACUGGAUGUUAUGGUUAUUUUCCUCUUUGUUAUACUGAACGUACUUCUGAAUCUGAUACCUGGACUUUACAUUGUUCUUUACCUCUAGAUGGUAGCUAUCAUGAAUCUAUUGAUGUUAUUGAUUCAAGUAUUACUGAAGAAAAAGUAGUUGAAAAAUAUGAAACUAGUUUUAUCCCAGCAGAUUAUACACCUCAUAUUGAAACUCCAAAAGGUCCUAAACCUCGAAAAAUAUAUAUUUGUCGACAUGGAGAACGAGUGGAUUUUACUUUUGGAACUUGGGUUCCCUAUAGUUUUGAUUCAGAUGGAAAAUAUAUAAGAAAAGAUUUAAAUAUGCCUUCAAAUAUACCUCAACGACGUGAUUUUCCUAACUCAUAUCAAACAGAUACUCCUCUUACUUGUGUUGGUGAACAUCAAGCUAAAUUAACUGGAUGGGGUAUGAAGGCUGCCCAUUUAACCAAAUCAAUUAAACAUGUUUACUGUUCGCCAUCAUUACGCUGUGUUCAAACUUGUCAUAAUAUCUUAGCCGGUCUUGAUAUUGAUAAACAAGUAUCAAUUUGUGUUGAGCCUGGUAUAUUUGAAUGGCUUGGUUGGUAUAAUCAAUCAGGACUUCCUGAUUGGAUGAGUAAUGGUGAAUUAAUAGCUGCUGGUUUUAACAUUAAUUCCAAAUAUGAAGCUCUAAUAACAUUGCCAUUACUUCUUGAAAAUAUAACAGAAACUGUUGAACAGUAUUAUGUUAGAUGUGAUGAAGUAGUACAGAAUUUAAUUAAAAUAAUUGAACCCAGUGAUGGUGAUAUUUUGUUGGUAGGUCAUGCUUGUUCCUUGGAUUCUUUAUCAAGACCACUGCUUCACAAACCUCCACGUAGCAAGCAAAAUUUUGUAAAAAUGGUUAAAGAAAUUCCUUAUUGUGGCCUAGUAUCUUUAAUGACUGAUGGAAUAAAUGAUUGGACAUAUAUUGAUCCUCCAGUACCACCAUUAACUAAUUCUAUUAAUAAAAGAUUUAACUGGAAAGUUUUAACAACAGACAUUGAUGAUUCUCCUAAUUAAAGCAAUUGUAACUCAA